AUGCGGAUGGUAGAGUGUGAAACUAGUCUUGAGUUGCUCAUGACAAAGUCAUUGCGAACACUUUACAACCAGGGAGUCGUCUGCCUUGUACAAGAUCAUGGUGCUCUUGAAGUGCCUCAAAUGGCCAUUGGGUUCAGAGUACCCCUUGAAUGGUGUGAUGGACGACGUUGUGAACUACUUCAAAGGUGUAGCCUGCUCCACCUUGUUGUUAAAGGACAAGGAGUUGACUCAAUCAAUUUCCCUGCACAGAGCUACCUCCGUGCUUCCUUAAGUUGGAGACCCUGGAGUCGGUCAUUUACUAGCCUCUCGACAUGUUCUACUCAAAGGGCUGGUGGCUUGGGUCGGUGUCUUCGGUGUCUCAAGCGCCGCUGGAUAACUUCCUUCUCAACUUCCAAGGGUUGA